CAGUUCCUCCUGUCCUCCACCGACUCACACCCUGCUCUCUUCAGCGCACAGACCCAGCCAUGGCCCUCACCAGCGACCCCGUCUACCACAAGCUGGCAAAGUUCUAUGAGAGCAACCAUGGCACUCUCAACAUGAGGAAGCUGUUUGCUGCUGACAAGGACAGGUUCUGCAAGUUCAGCAAAACCCUGGUGACCGGGGAAGGUGACAUCCUGGUGGAUUACUCCAAGAACCUGAUCACAGAGGAGGUGCUGAAACUACUGCUGGAGCUGGCCAAGUCCAGAGGUGUUGAGAGCGCCCGGAAACGAAUGUUCUCCGCAGAGAAGAUCAACUUCACGGAGAACCGUUCUGUGCUUCACAUUGCUCUGCGCAACCGGGCAAACACUCCCAUACAGGUGGACGGUAAAGAUGUGAUGCCAGAGGUCAAUGCAGUCCUGCAGAAAAUGAAGGGGUUUUGCCAGAAAGUGCGUAGCGGCGACUGGAAGGGAUACACUGGAAAGGCCAUGACUGAUGUGGUGAACGUUGGGAUUGGAGGCUCUGAUCUGGGUCCGCUGAUGGUAACCGAAGCUCUGAAGCCCUACUCCAAAGGUGGCCCCCGGGUCUGGUUUGUAUCCAACAUCGAUGGCACCCACAUGGCUAAGACUCUGGCUGAGCUCAACCCAGAGACCACACUCUUCAUCAUCGCAUCCAAGACUUUCACCACCCAGGAAACCAUUACCAACGCUGAAACCGCCAAGGAGUGGUUCCUGAAAACUGCCAAAGAUGUAUCUGCAGUGGCCAAGCACUUUGUUGCUCUGUCUACAAACGCACCUAAAGUAAAAGAGUUUGGAAUAGACACGGCCAAUAUGUUUGAAUUCUGGGAUUGGGUAGGAGGCCGUUACUCUCUCUGGUCCGCCAUCGGUCUCUCAAUUGCCCUUCAUAUUGGCUUUGACAACUUUGAGAAGCUUCUCGCAGGUGCUCAUUGGAUGGACAAUCACUUCUGUACCGCUCCUCUGGAGAACAACAUCCCGGUCAUUCUGGCCAUGCUGGGAGUCUGGUACAUCAACUUCUACGGGUGCGAGACUCACGCCAUGCUGCCAUAUGACCAGUACAUGCACCGAUUUGCCGCUUACUUCCAGCAGGGAGACAUGGAGUCCAAUGGGAAAUACGUCACAAAGUCUGGUGCGCGUGUGAAUUACAACACUGGGCCUAUUGUGUGGGGAGAGCCUGGAACUAAUGGCCAGCACGCGUUCUAUCAGCUCAUACACCAAGGGACCCGCAUAAUCCCUUGUGACUUCCUCAUCCCAAUACAGACUCAGAAUCUCAUCCGGAACGGGCUGCAUCACAAGAUCCUCUUGGCCAACUUCCUGGCACAGACGGAGGCUCUCAUGAAGGGCAAAUCCACAGAAGAAGCCAAGGCAGAACUGCAGGCCUCUGGUCUGAGUGGAGAGGCGCUGGACAAGUUGCUGCCACACAAGGUCUUUGAAGGAAACCGACCAACUAAUUCUAUUGUGUUCACCAAACUCAAUCCAUUCAUACUGGGAUCUCUAAUAGCCAUGUAUGAACACAAGAUCUUCGUCCAAGGUGUUGUGUGGGACAUCAACAGUUACGACCAGUGGGGGGUUGAACUUGGGAAGCAGUUGGCCAAGAAGAUUGAGCCCGAGCUGGAGUCUGAUGCCCCGGUCACCUCUCACGAUGGCUCCACCAACGGCCUCAUUAACUUCAUCAAGAAGAACAGAUCCUGAACUUGGGGCCAGAAGAGCUUCCAAAGGUCGCACUUGUGAUGCCGCUCUGCUUUCAGCAAGAAGCACUUUCCUGACUGUAGUCUGUUUUGUAUUUGUCUCCUUUAUGUCUGAUGUUGCAGUGUUCCAGGCGGGAAGUCGGGGAGAGCUCCAUGAGUGAGCAGGUCCCCCCAACACUCCCUUGUAGUCCACAGAUUCCUAGGUAUGGCUUCAAUAUUGCACUGUCCUGUGAAAACAUCGGUUUACACAAUAAAAGUCACAAACAUC